AUGGCUGCAGCGCUGAAGGACGGCUUCGAGAAGUUCCUGAAGCAGAAGAACGUGUGUACCGACCUGCUGGAGAAGAUCGAGGCCAAGACAGGGGUGAAUCGGCGAUACAUAGCCCUGGGCAUCAUUGGCCUCUUAGCUGUGUACUUGGCGUUUGGAUAUGGAGCAUCUCUUCUCUGCAACCUGAUUGGAUUUGCGUACCCAGCCUAUGUCUCAAUUAAAGCCAUUGAGAGCCCAAAUAAAGAUGACGACACACAGUGGCUGACCUAUUGGGUGGUGUAUGGGGUGUUCAGCAUUAUAGAAUUCUUCUCUGAUAUCUUCCUGUCCUGGUUCCCCUUUUACUACAUGAUCAAGUGUGGAUUCCUGCUGUGGUGCAUGUCUCCCAGUCCAUCUAACGGUGCUGAGCUGCUUUACAAGAAAAUUAUCCGUCCAUUUUUUCCUCAAACAUGAGGGUCAGAUGGAUCGCAUAGUGAAGGACCUUAAAGACAAGGCUGCUGAGACUGCAGACACAUUUGGAAAGGAAGCUAAACGGGCUACUGUGAACUUGCUUGGUGAUGAGAAGAAGAGCACCUAA